AACGCACCUGUCCAGUCACGUGACGAAGUGACCCGUGGCUGCCUGGACCGUCUCAAGCGGGACAGAAAGAAAACCUUUCUGAAGAAGAGGAGUGACGACAUUAAUGAUGGAUAGAGGAGAGGACCCCACGGCUGCAAUUUGCAAAUUGUGCGGGGAGACCUUUAAGCUUCCUGAUGAUAAAUUUGAUGGUAACCUGCCUCGCUUGCUUUUAUGCGGCCACACCUUCUGCACCAACUGCCUUGUGUCCAUUCAGUGUGAAGGCAUCAUAAGAUGUCCCGAUUGUGAGAUUGGGUCCACCCUACCAGAAGGGGGGGUUUAUGGUCUACAGGAAGAAAGCAGAAUCAUUGGUCUGAUUUACACUGCUAAAAUGAACCAGAUGAGAAGACCUAAGGGGCGCCGAAGGAACAGAUUAUCACCACAUGGAUUGACUACUUUCAACGCUGACGUUAUGGACCAGACGAUUGAGAGGACAGUGGAAGAGUCAUUGGUCCAGGCUGCAGAAAAUCUGGCCCAGUUGGAAAACAUUUAUGAGACAUUGACAGCUGGUCUGGCCGAGCAGGUGAAGAGAGACCGAGCCCGACUAGAGAUGGAGAUCAUGCAGGCCUCAAAUAAAGCUUUUAAUGCUAUUCAGAAGUGGAAGGAUACACAGCUGAACGAGCUAGCAAGCCUGGAAACCCAGUUUCCCACCAUCCAAGCAGCGGUGUCCAAUGUCAAGGAAAGGAUUAAAACCUUGGAGAUCGCCAUGCAGAUGGUCAAAGAAGUUCGCUCAGAGCAGGACUCCAUCCAGGAUAAGGUACUAGAGACACUGCAGACACCGGUGGAUCACAAGACGUUUGAUUUAGAGCGCAUCACCGAGGGCAGUGGAAUCAGCUGUGUUUUUCAGUCAGAGAAUCUGAGCCAAAGUUUGAAGUUGUCUCUGAAAAUGGAGGCUGGCUGCUCAAACCUUGCAUUAAGUUACCCUCUGGGAAAGCACCAGUCAGGCAUCUCCCUAAAAACCUAUCCAUGGAAACACAGCAAGGACAGAAGCUGCCUCUCAGAUUUACCCUGUAACAAGUUCCCCACCCCAGAAAAAAAGGAGCUGGAGAGCCCAGGGGCCAAUUGUUCGUUCCCCCAAAGCUCCCGGCUAAUCCCAGAAGCUGGCAACAAAAUCAACCUUUCCCCCCACAAAUCCUUCUCAGCCCUUGGAAGCCCAGAUGUGAUUAUUGAGGAAACUUUUUGUGAUGACCCAGAGCCAGUCAAUCCAACUGGUCCUCAAAUGGACAACGAUCAAUGGAGACCCCAAAGGAGAAUAAGAAAUCCCCUGCGUGACAAUGAGAGUCAAAAAGUUACUCUGUGGGUGGUGGUGACCCAUGUUGUGAACCCGAGUCACUUCUACGUCCGCCACGCAGUCGAGAAGAAGGAAAGUGAGAUUCUUUCAAAGACGAUUAAUGAACUCUGCUGGGGAGACGGUUGCCACUUUACACCGAGAGACACCGUGGAAAGAGGCUCCAUGAUCUUUGUGAAGAGGAAGGAGGUGCUCUGGUGCCGCAGCAGAGUGGUGGAAGUCUUUCAGAAAGGCUGUGUUAAGGCUGUGAAAGCCUGUCCAGUCACCCAGCUGACCAGUUUGCGAGUCUUUUUCCCAGACUAUGGAUUUACUGAAAGCAUCACAGUCCAAAGCGAGCAGGGGACAGCUGAGUCUCUACUAAACACUGUGAACAAUCACCUGAGGAAAGUGACUGAAACUGUGACUGAAAAGCUGAAUAGCUUUGCUCCUCAGGCCAUAAGAUGCUCACUGAAGGACCUGGUCCCGUAUAACCCGACUGAGCUUUGGAGUGAAGAGGCAAAGGCUGAAUUCUGCUCUGUGGUUGGAUCUGCAGCGGUGGAGCUGAGGCCUUUGGGUCAAGACAGAGACUCUUUGUUAGUGGAUCUAAGAAAAGCUCCCCUGGAGCAAUCCACUGAGCUGCCCAUCUCUGUCAGAGACUACCUUGUAUUCAUUAAGGUGGCCAGGUUUUCUUCUGCAGAGACACUGGACUGGAGGCCUCUAACGUACCAUCCUCCUGUGUAUCCGGAAGCCAGCGCAGAGCGGGCUGCUGUGGUCUGCCACAUCAACGACCUCUCUGACUUCUACAUCCAGUUGGUAAACUACGCAAAUUCCUUGUUGCUCUCAACCAAGCUUCAGGAUUUCUACAAUGAACUGGCCGAAGACGAACUCAGGGUCCACUGCCCUGUGAUAGGACAGGCUUGUGUUGCCCGCUUUGGAGACAAAUCGUGGUACAGAACUAAAGUCAUCGGGCAUCCCGGGGGGGAAAAGGUGGAAGUGCAAUGUGUUGACUUUGGCAAUAAGCAGAUCUUGUCUGUCAGCGAUUUAAGGAAGAUCAAAGAUGACUUCUUUACCCUUCCUGCCAUGGCGGUUCAUUGCCGUUUGGCAGACGUCAUUCCUUUGGCAGAGACUUGGAGUGAUGCCUGCACCAAGAGAUUCAUCAGCCUAGCUCACAAACAGCUGGUCACUGUUGUGGCUGAAGGUGAAGCUCCUAGGACCAAGCCUUUGCCGGUUGGCCUGUUUGUUGGUGGGUUCAACAAGUCAAGAACCAGCAUAGCUGAGCUGCUGGUAAAAGAAGAUUUGGCCCGCUUCAAAAAUCGCAAGCCGACAUUGAAAAAUGAGCCCUCUGGUGUCGAUUCCACUGUGUGGGAUCCCCCGCUUGAGCUUGGGUCGGCUGCGGAGGACGUGGACGCUCCAGGUCAAGUGAUUGUUGAAGGGGGAAAAAAUGAACCCCUGGAGCUGCAGCCUCAGUUGAAGCUGCCAGACCAGCAUAAAGACCUCAAAGUCCGGGUGACGCACGUCAACUCACCAAGCAGCUUCUAUGUCCGACUCUUCGAUUCUGACUCUCAGCUUAAGAAGAUAUGUGAGCUUGUGAAGCAGGAGUGCAGCCAAAUGGAGCCCGGAGACAUGGUGUGGAAGGCAGGCAUGCACUGCGCUGCCAGCAUCAACGGAGUCUGGGAGAGAGGACGGAUCUGCUGCGAUGUCACGUCGAACAAAACUGCAGAGGUGAGACGGUGUGACCACGGCAACACGGUGAAGAUCCAUGUCAGCAACCUCUACCCACUUCCAUCCUCUCUGAUUGGCUCCCUGGCACUGGAGUGUGCUCUGAAUGGCAUCAGGCCAACAGGAGGCAGAUCAACCUGGACAGAUACAGCCUGUGACCAGUUCGCCUACUACCUGACCGGAGCUUCGGCUUUGGUGACAAUUACGGAGAUGACAAAUGAGCAUCCAGUGCCUGUCGUGUUGGUCGUCUCCAACAAGUUGGGAGAGUUUAUCAGCAUUGCCGACUUCCUGGUCAACGAAGGCCUCGCCCUCAGGGAGAGAAAACCACGGGUCGCGGAUGCCCCAAAACCCAAAGAAACUGAUGUCCAGACCUCAGCCAGUGACCCAGAAACUUGUAAACAGGAAGAAAGCAACUCUCGUCAAUCUGUUCCCGUUUUUUCUUGCCCCUCCUCAUCUUCUACUAAAUCAAACUACAUUCCUCCAAAACCAUUCACCAGCUUCUCCACAACAGCUGAAAAGGUGAAAACUUCAAUGUAUAACCCUCCAGAGCUGCCUUGUCCCGGUCACGUCCCUAUCAGCGUUUCUGCUGUUGGAGACGAUGGAGUCAUUUAUGCCAGGACAAAGAGUGCAGAGUAUCAGCUGGAACAGCUUAAGGAGGGAAUUCAGAGGAGAAUCAAGACGUUGCCCAGACUGAAGCCCUACACGUGGAAGUCGGUACAGGGCUGUGCCGUCAUCGGACCAGACAUGCAGUGGUACCGAGGACAGCUGCUGGAGUUGCUGGGAGGACACGUCAAGGUCCAGUAUGUGGACUAUGGUCUGGUUGAGAACAUCCCAGUGGUGCACGUGUAUCCAAUGCUGCUCUGUGUUGAUGUUCCUCAGCUCUGUAUGCCCUGCCAGCUCCUUGGCAUCAGCCCUGUUGGUGUUAAAUGGCACAGAGAUGGAGUAGCCUUGAUGAGGGAGGUGUUACUAAACCGCUCAGUGGACCUGCAAGUUGUGGAGCUGCCAGCUGACCCCCGGGGGCCUCUCACAGUGGAGAUCUUCCUUGACGGGAUGAGUCUCAGCAGGAUUCUGUGUCACCAUGAACACGCCUCCAUGGACCGUACUCUUUCAACGCAAAAGGUUACAGAGACGCCUCCUGCCCCCCUCCUGGAUGCCUGGGACAUCACCACUGAGGGUCUAACGGGUCCAGAAGAGCCGAUGUUGGGGCCCUUUGUCACCCCAGACCCCCCACUGGAGGGAGAACACUUUGAAAUCAGGGUGACGCAUCUAUGGACCCCCAACGAGCUGUUCCUGUGGCCUCUGAAGGACACGGCUGAUUCACAGAUAAUUGGAGACACUCUGGAUGAAGCUUUGACCAGAAUCAAUGCAACCAUCACCUCUCUGCCACGACUGACCAGCUUUCCUUACGGUGGUCCCUGUUUGGCGGAGUACAGUGAUGGCAAGUACUACCGGGCCACGCUGGUGAAGUUUACCAGCAUAGAGCCUCUCAGGAUCUUGGUUCAACUUGUAGAUUUCGGCUCCGACGAGUUGCUGCCAACCAGCAAGCUGAGGCAGAUGCCAGCUGAGCUGCUGCGCUUUCCAACACGGGGAGUAAAAGUCAAAGUGGCCGGCUUCAAGGCCCCAAGCGUCAGACUGGAUGAAGACGUCCUUCCGUACUGCCCUGAGUGGAGCGUGAAGGCCGCGAUGAAAAUGACCGACCUGUUACACGACAACAUCACAGCCGUCGUCGUCUCCCGGGAGCCAGAGCUCACGCUGCAGCUGUACAACGAGGAUGGAGAGCUGGUCCAUGUGCCUCUGAUAAACAGCGGACUGGCGGAGUGGGACUAAAACAAAGUGCAGGUGUCGCUGUUCUUCACAUUUCUGUUUAAUUACUGCUGUUCUUAGUUUGUCCUUGUUGGGAAGAAAAGUUGCAGCCAUCUUCUGGCUGGUGUUUAGCGGUGAGUUAGUUCAUGUUAGACUGUUGUGUUUAAGUGACCGGUUUGGUUUUCUUUUUGGUAUGAAGACAUUAAAGUUCUCAAACACCAUCUGGUG